AUGGUACUUUCACUGAAUCACUAUUGCGGACUUUGUGGUAAACAAUUGCCUACCGCAUCUGGUGUCAACAAGCAUGUUCAGAAUACUCCUGGCUGCCGUGCCAAGUGGGAACGCCAAGUUCGUCGCCUACCAGCUGUCUCAGUGUUCGAAGACGCCCCUCAAACCGACGAGAACACUGCACCUGAUGUCGCAAUGGAACCUGCUGUGGGAGAUCAGCGCGAUGUGGGCGAGGACGCUGCAAUGAAUGUUGAUGACAUGCAGGAGGAUCCAGUGAUGGUAGAGGACGAGGAAGAUUUGCGGCCCCAUAAUCCAUACCGGGCUACGGUCGAGGAUGUCGAGGAUGAAGAUGAAGGCUUCUUUGCACCAUGCGUAGCGGACGCCCUUAAGCAAGCGAAGACACAAUUUGAGACGUACCGCGAUGCCACACAGGCUUCUGGGGAAGGUGAUUACUUCCCGUUUGCGGAUGCAGAGGAGUGGGGGCUUGCAGAGUGGUUGGUGAAGCACCUCGGCCAGACACGCACGGAAGAAUACCUGCAACUUCCCAUCACGAAGAACCGGAGCAACCUCUCAUUCCACAACAACUACAGCUUCCUCAAAAAGGUCGACAAGCUUCCGCGGGGACCGGAGUGGUCUUGCGAGAUCGUGACAAUCCAUGGAAAUCACCCUGGUCCCGAUGGUGCACUGCUCAGCGAGGACGUCGAACUUUGGAAGAGGGACCCUGUCCAGGAAUGGAUGUGCCUCGCACCGGAGCAGGCAUUCGCAGAUCCAGAGAUCCAGAGGGCCUCUGAGACUUUGCCCGCUGGGGCGGUCGUCGCACCCAUCAUCCUGGCCUCGGAUAAGACCAAACUGUCCCAAUUCCGCGGUGACAAGAGCGCUUGGCCUGUCUACCUGACGAUUGGCAACAUUGCGAAAGAAAAGCGUCGUCAGUCCUCUUCACAUGCAAUGAUUCUAAUCGGCUACCUACCCGUCUCGAAGCUCGAUUGCUUCACUGACGACAUGCGUUCGCUCGCUGGCUAUCGCCUCUUUCACCACUGCAUGGCUGAGCUCCUCAAGCCGCUCGUGAAGGCUGGCAAGGACGGCGUGGAGAUGGUGUGUUCGGACGGUGGAGUGCGCCGCAUAUACCCUAUCGUCGCGGCAUACAUCGCGGAUUUCCCUGAACAGUGCCUAAUCACGGGGUGUCGAGAGAACCGGUGUCCGUGCUGCACGGUUCCCGGUGAUCGUCGCAGUGAGCCUGGCGAGUUUCCACUUCGUGAUCCUGAGAAGACGUUCGCAGCACUACAGAGGCAGAAGCAUGGGUACGCACCGUCGGUGUUCACAGAGGAGGGCCUACGCGCUGUGUACAACCCCUUCUGGCACGAUCUACCCCAUUCCAACAUCUUCACAGCAAUCACGCCCGAUCUUCUCCACCAGUUGCACAAGGGUAUCUUCAAGGAUCAUCUUGUCAGUUGGUGUAUGUCGAUAAUCGGGAAAGACGAGAUGGACGCACGGUUCCAAGCGAUGGCCAGCUAUCCUGGACUUCGCCACUUCAAGAAUGGGAUAUCGCGGGUAUCGCAGUGGACAGGGACGGAGCACAAAGAGAUGCAACGUGUCUUCGUGGGAUUGUUGAGCGGCGCUGUUCGCAAAGAAGUUCUCACCAUUGUCUGUGCGCUUCUCGACUUCAUAUACUUCAGCCAGCUGCGUCUACACACAAGCGACACCGUUGACCCCCUCGCGGAAUGUCUUGCUACAUUCCACGCCCACAAGGAUGUCCUCCUCGAGCUCGAGAUCCGGGAGCACUUCAACAUCCCGAAGCUCCACAUGUUGACGCACUACGUGAACGCCAUACGCCUCUUCGGUGCGCUAGACGGAUUCAACACCGAACUUCCUGAGCGACUUCACAUCAAUUACGCAAAGGAGGCUUACCGUGCAAGUAACCGGCGAGACUACGAGGAGCAGAUGACGGUAUGGUUGCGGCGGCAGGAAGCCGUCUACCGUCGAAGUAUGUACCUCACCUGGCGAAGCACACUCCCGUCACCAUCUCGCUCGAAUGAGCACGUACGACAAUCACCGCGUCCUCGCAUUUCCGGGUCCACUGGCACCCAUGCUCUCGAAUCCUCGGAAUCUGAAAGCGAGCGGGACGAGGCUUUGGAACGCGUCGUUGCUCAAGCAGUUCGCAACUCGAUUGCCGAGGAUCGCAGGCUGGCAAAAGUCUGCCCAUUCCCCGGCACGACAGUCGCCCGGUUGCAGACAGCGUAUGGUGCGCACGACUUCCUUCCGGCGUUGUCGACAUACUUGAAGAAGAAUCUACCCCGGAAUCGCAUUGUCCCUGGCGUUCACAACAGGUUCGAUGUCUACAAUAAGGUCUACACUCACCUUCCACCCAACCCACGGCACAGCGAGCACACUACCCGCCUCUGUAUACGAGCCACUCCAGCGAAAGAACCACCGUCGCGGAGUCGCAAACCACGAGCACCUGCACAUCAAGACAUGGCGUUAGUUCGCUGCAGCACCGGCGGUCACACUCACCUACCUGGUGGACUCAAAGGGCUUCGUGUCGCUCAGGUCCAUGCUAUAUUCAAGCUGCCCGCUCAGUUCGGGUCCUUCGCCUGCCCCCUUGCCUACAUCGAAUGGUUCACGCACCUGAACAAGCCAGAUCCAACCACUAAGAUGUAUUCUAUCUCACGCGCCUCACAAGGACGCCGUCGUGUUGCUGAGAUUGUGGAACUCGACGAUCUUGUACGGCCGUGCCACCUCGCCCCAAAGUGCACCUCAGCGAUCAACCCCGCGUGGACCUCGGAUAAUGUUUACGAAAGUGCAAAGACGUUCUGGCUCAACAGGUGGAUCGAUCUCGACAUGUUCUGUCGCCACCGCUUGCGCGGCGGUCACUCUUCGCCGAGUUGA